AUGCGGAAAGGGUACCUCUUGAAGGAUGACGAUCCACAGGAUGUGGCCAACUCCACGAAAUCUCUGCCCAUUUCGCAGCUAAAGGCUUGGACGAAGGGGCGGGCAUGGGCCUUCACCGACUUCGAGCUGAAAGACACAGUGGGAAAAGGCACUUUCAGCCGCGUGCGCGUGGUGAAAAUGAAGUCAAGCCAAGAGAGGACUCCAAUGGUUCUGAAAAUCCUCCGCAAGGCCGACGUGAUCCGGCUUAAGCAGGUGGAGCAUGUGAAGGCGGAGAAGCAGAUCAUGUCAAUGGUCGAACACCCUUUCAUCGUCAACUUGCUGGGUGCCUUUCAGGAUGAAAGGCGACUCUUCAUGCUGCUGGAGUACGUGAAUGGUGGCGAGCUGUUUUCGUAUUUGCGCAGAGAAGGGCGUCUUCCAAACGACCAUGUUCGCUUCUAUUCCGGCGAGAUUCUGCUCGCCUUCGGGUACCUUCACAGUCUUCAUGUUGUUUACCGCGACCUGAAGCCAGAGAACGCGCUUCUGGACUUCGAAGGCCACAUCAAGCUGACGGACUUCGGUUUUGCCAAGGUUGUGGAAGAAAGAACCUGGACGCUGUGUGGGACGCCUGAGUACCUGGCUCCUGAGAUGAUCCAGUCAAAGGGUCAUGGAAAGGGAGUGGACUGGUGGGCUCUUGGCGUCCUGUUGUAUGAGAUGCUGGCAGGAUAUCCUCCUUUCUAUGACGAGAAUCCAUACGGCAUCUAUCAGAAGGUGCUGAAAGGCCACGUGGACUUCCCACGGCAUUUCGAUGUCAAAGCCAAGGACCUCAUACAACGGCUGCUGCAGCAGGACCGGACAAAGCGGCUGGGCUGCCUCAAGGCGGGCGUUGAAGAUGUGAAGAAGCACAAGUGGUACAAGGGCAUGGACUGGGACCUGCUCUUGACCCGCAGUGCCACACCACCAUUUCGUCCUCCUGUCCAAUCAGAAGAUGACACAUCCAUGUUUGACAGGUAUCCUGAAAGCACAGAGGCCUCCGCACCUGCAGUCUCGACGAAGGAGCAGGAAAGCUUCCAAGAAUUCGACACGACGAUCCUCGGAACUUGA